AUGAUAGAAGGAAAAUUGAACUCACGUCCUCCGUCAGAUGGUAGUAAAAAACCUAGCUCGAAGUACAAAGCAGGAAAGGGACGUCAGAGCAGGAAGGAAAGCGAAGAUAAAAAUCUGGGGCAAAAUGAGGACAUACAAAUUGCUAUCGAUUAUAAAAAUAACUUGAACACGGAAUUCGUUGGCACGUUGAACUCCAAAUUUAUUGAUGACAGAGAUGGAGACAAUAAUCAAACGGACGCCUUUUCCUAUAAAAGGGAAAGCAUGAUGAGGGCAUCUCAGUCAACCCAUUUCGGGAUGCAAGAUGAUUUCACCUUAGAGGAUAUAGACGACUCCUUCGAGGAACAGGAAAACAGCAUCAACAUAGUGGAGGUGAAGAGUUCCAGCGCGAAGAGAAAAAUGCUGAAAACUUUGUAUAUCCGAUUGAUAUACGCCCUGUUGUUCACAAUAUUUGGGGUACUCGUCCAGUGUUACUUUAUCAUACUAAGUGACACUUACUACAAGACGGGAGACGAGCCAUUGAAGGAUAGAGUCCACGAGCUGUACAAAGAAGUACCAUCAUUUAUGAAAGCGGCAUUUAUAAAUUCAAACAUCCUAUUUUUUCUGAUCAUUACUCUAUUGAGAUUUGGCCUAUUUUCUCCCCUCCUGAUUUCCAUUAGUAUGUUUAUAAGACUACUGUUAAUGCUCUCCUCCAUCUACUGCGUAAGGUCAAUUUUUAUUUAUGUCACGACAAUCCCAUGUCCAAUACCUACCUGCCAGCCAGUGAGAAAUAAAAAUAUACUCGAAAAUUUAUAUACUACUUAUCUGAUAAUAACUGCGCAAGUGUACGAAUGUACGGAUUUGAUUAUUUCUGGACAUACUGCCUUUACCACCGUUUUAAAAUUUUUUUGGAUGUUUUAUGAAAAGAAGAUUUACAUAAAGGCGGUGCUUUUCCUGUACUGCCUAUUUAUUUAUGGCAUGAUUGUGAUUUCCAGAUUUCACUACACGGUGGACGUGCUAAUGGGCUACGUCUUUGGGUCCACAGUUUUUCUCCUCUAUCAUACCCUGCUGGAAAUUGCAGCCAAGCGGUACGCCAAACAUGGGUCCUUCUCCAUUAAGAAUUCAAAUUACGCAGCAUCAUUUGUCGAGCGCUGUGCAGUGUUCAACUACUUUAUUAAGAUAAUAGGGUUCAUGGAAGGAUUGGAGCACAGGCUAAACAUGGCCGCUUCGUAUGACAAGGAAUGGAGCUCCUUCUGCCCAUGCAAGCCGGUGAAUGCAAAAGGUCUCAUAACAAAAAAGAGGACCGUGAACAACGAAGAGUAUUACGAUUUUACCGAUCACUUUUACCAUUCCUAUGCCGGUAGCGGGUCCUUUGAUCUAUCAACCCUUAAGAACAUCGUAAACAAAAUAAAGUGCCUGUGUGGGAAAAAAAACUUCGCGAAGAACGCCCAACAUACCAAAAUGACGAUCGAAUUUAAGGAAAAAAAUUAUGAACAGUCCGGGAAAGAAAACGAAGACAGCAAUAGCUACACAACGGGCGAUAACUACAAAAUAAAUGUAGACAUAAAAAUGAGUAACUCCGCCUCAUCAGACGGAACAAAUCCAACUGAUGGUGACAUCCACAAGUUGACAAAGUGGAAACUAUUCAAGGUGUUACUCCUAAGGUUAGCAAUCUCGUUAAUAUUUUUAGUAAUCUCCUUGAUCAUACAAGGAUUUUUCAUGAUAUAUAGCGAUUCAUAUUAUAAGAGAUACACCACACCGUUGAGCGAUCGAAUUCACAAUUUGUUCGAAAAUCCACCUGCAUGGAUAUCUUACAAUUUGUCCAACAAUUUAAUAGCGUUGCUGUCAAUUACUUUCUUACAAUUAAUUUUGUUUAAUAGUGUGUACUUGUCUAUGGCCAUUGUUUGUCGCUUCCUUUACAUGCUGGGUUUUUUUUAUUUAUUAAGGGGUGUACUUAUCUAUGUCACUUCCCUUCCAGCCACAUUGGAAACGUGUGUGCCUCUAGAAAGUGGCAACAUUGCGUUUAAUUUAUUGCAGAUAAUUAAAAUAAAUAUGAACUUAGUGUAUGUAUGUUCUGAUUUGAUUAUAUCUGGCCAUUCCUUUUCGACGACCAUAUUUUUACUAUUCGCCCUUUUCUACAUGAACAAUAUUGUACUAAAGACGAUAAUAGCUUUCUUCUGUUGUUUCAUUUAUGCGUUUAUAAUUAUUGGAUUUAUCCAUUACACUUCCGAUGUGUUGCUCGGAUUUAUUUUUGGCAUUUUUAUUUUCACCUUUUAUCAUUUAAUGCUCGACAUAUCUGCGCAAUAUUACAUUUUUAAUAAAUUAUUUGAAAUUAAAAUUAUUUCAAAUAAAAAAAAUGUGCAAGCCAAACCGUUUUUUUUAAGAUGUUUUCUUACCAGAGUGUUUUUAAAAAUAAUUCCAUUCCUGGAAGGAUUAAAUUACUCUAUAGAUUAUGCGAUAAGUAAAAAUGCCGACUUGUCCACAUUUUGUAUUUGUGAGAAGGACUUUGCUAUGGGUAGUAUGCCCGCUACAGCAUGUUCCUCGCAGGAGUCCUCAAAGUUGAAUAAAAUUUGUGUCAAUUAUUCGGAUCAUUUAUUUCAUUCCUAUGCUGGGGAUGGCACGAUGAAUUUUUUGCUAUUCAAGUUUUUAAAGAGAAUUAAAAUGGACUAA